GAAAAAGAAACAGAAAUCAACCAGUUAAAAGAACUACUUUUGAAGAAGACUCAAGAGUUAAAGGUGCAGAAGGAUAAGGAGAAGUGUGUUCUAGCAGAAAUUGAGGGAAGUCAAACAUCACUUAAAAAUCUUAAGAGUCGACUGCACAGACUUGAUGCAGAUGCAUUAAAACAACAAGAAUUAAUAUAUAACCAGGAUUUUUAUAUUCAGCAAGUACAGAGACGGCUGUCACGGUUAGAAGGGGAGGUUAAUGCAGAUGAAAAACAAGUUUUGGAAGCAAAAGUUGCUGAACUUAAGAAAAGCUUAGAAGAAAAGAAAAAUGCAUAUGAUAUUUUACAUGCACAGCAUAAGAAACUUCAGAGUGAUGUCCAUUUCAUCAAGAGAGCAGUGGAUAAGACCAGAGAAGAAACAAGUGGUAUGAUGACCAAGAUAAAUGAACUAAAUCUUUUCAAUGAGAGAUCAGAUCAGGAGUUAAAAAAAGCUAAAGCCACUAAGCAGGAGAUGAUGGUCGAAGAUAAUCUCUUAAAACUAGAAUUGAACCGUCUUCAAGAUACACUGUGUAAUAAGACAGAGAAAGUUCUAACACUGGAAAGACAAAAAUUGGAGUUAAAGAAAGCCAUAGCAGAAAGAACUGAGGAAAUUAAGAUUCAUAAGGCAAUGCUGGAUUCCCAGAUAAGACUUGUGGAUCAGGAACGGCAACGCAUAAGUGCUGAAUUUCAAGAUCGUCUAAAUAAAAUUGAUAAACUGAGAUGCAGAUAUGAAAUCCUUACUGUUGUCAUGAUGCCACCUGAAGGAGAAGAGGAGAAAACUCAUGCCUACUAUGUAAUUAAGGCUGCACAGGAAAAGGAAACACUUCAACGUGAAGGUGAUGAUUUAGAUGCAAAGAUCUGCAAAGCUGAAAAGGAAAUUGUAGCUCUGGAAAACACUUUGUGCAUACUUAAUAACUGCAACAGCAAUUACCGAAACUCUUUCAAGGAAGUCACUGAGACAAGUGAGGAAUAUGAGGAAAAACUGAAACUAGAGGAGGAAAAAAGGGCUGCUGAUGAAAAAUACAAAUACAAAAGACGACAGAUCAAGGAACUUCAGGAAAACCUCCAGAGCAUGGAAACAAAAAUUGAUAUAGUACUGAAGCAGGAGGCCCUCUUCCAAGAGCAAAAGAAGGAAAAACAAGCUCUUAUUUUGCAGCUGAACAAAGACAUAGAAGAACAGAAGCCAAAACUAGAAAGGGCUAUAAAACAGUGUUCCAGGUUAUCCAGAGAAAUUCAGUCUCUGAAGAAAACUAAAACAGAAACACAGGAAGAAAGAGACAUUGAUCUUCGCGAACUGAAAAGCUUCAAGAGAACUAUUGACAAAUUGUUAGCUGAUGUUCUAAAAGCAAAUCCUGAUUUAACUACACCCUUUCAAAUGUACUUUCACCAGUCCAAUUUAGAGCUUCCUACAAUUGCUUCUGCUGGUGGUAGUCAAAGUUCUCGAUCACCAUCCACACAAAGCUCACUAGCUUCUACCAGAUCCUGCAAAAGCACAAGUUCAGGCUCUGGUCAAACUUCAUCACUCAAAGUCAUAGAUCUGAGCUUGCCUAUCAACACUCCUGCAAAAGCAGCUGCUGUGGGUUCACAGCCAUCCAGCAGAGCUAGCACCUCUGGUAUUGGUAAAUGCAAAAAAAAGGCUUAA